AUGGUAGGCCCUUUCCCAGAGGCUCCAGGAGCAGUCAAGUUUAUAAUAGUCGCGGUAGAUUACUUCACCAAGUGGGUAGAAGCAAAGGCCCUCGCAUCAACCACAUCGGCAGUCGUUAAGCGAUUCAUAUGGGAGCAAAUCAUAUGCCGGUUCGGCUUACCCCUCAGAAUCAUCACCGACAACGGAACAAACUUUGCAGCAGAUGAUCUCGAACGAUGGUUCAAAGAACUGAACAUCGAACAUACCUUCUCUUCGGUUGCUCACCCGCAAGGGAACGGUCAAGUAGAAGCAGUCAACAAGAGCAUCGUCGACGGCAUAAAGGCAAGGCUCGGUGAAAAAAGACGAGGGUGGGUCGAUGAACUACCCAGCAUAUUAUGGGCCCAUAGAACAAUGCCCAAAACAAGCAACGGAGAUUAUGUCCUAAGAGACAAUGAAGCGUCCAACGCGGAGAAACCAGGAAAACUGGCUCCCAAAUGGGAAGGCCCAUACAUCAUUGACGAAGUACUCGGCAAGGGAGCCUACAAACUACGCACCAUCAACGACAAAGAGGUUCCACGAACCUGGAAUGCCCAGCAACUCCGAAAGUGCUACAUGUAA